UCCAGGCUCUGUGGCCGGUCAGGAUUAGAUAUCCAGGGCCGUGUCUAUUCCCAGGACAGCGAGCAGGGCUUCGGAGUCUCCCCGCACCGGGAACGCUCCCGUGCGCUUCUCCCAGGACAUUUUAAAGCCGCGUGUGCGCUCCAGCGAACGCGGCUCGGCUGCACAGACAAACCCCCAGAGAUGCUGCCAGGCACCGAUGGGUUAGAGACCCGGGGGGUCCCCUGAGCCACCCCGCUUUUUUGGCAGCCCGGCUCCUCAGUCUCUGCCCCUGUCCCACUUUCCCACAACCUCGCCUGCCUCCUCCUCCUCCUCCUUAUAUAUUCAUGAAGCGGGGCAGCUGGGGUGAAAGAAAAGCUGGGCGAGCCGGGGCGGCCGCACAGGAAGAGGAACUCGGUGUGCCUGGCUCGGCACGGCCGGGACGGACCCUGCUCUUUAUCCCAAUCCCGGUUUUCCUCCGUGCCGGGACAGCGCUGGCUGGCAGCGGGCAGAGCCCGGCGCGGCCGCGGAGCUCCGGGUGCCGGGAGAGGAGAGCUGUGCAGCUCUAAGAUGAAACCUCCAUCUGGGCAAGGUGUAAGGCUGGCAUGCCUUCUCCUGACUCUGGCUGCCCCCUGCCUUCCCAGCCCCCUCUGGAAGGACCGGGACUCCCUGAUGCAGGAGGAGAAAGCCCGUCAGACAGGGGGCAACUUGGUGCUGAGCAGGCAGGAGCAGCAGCUCAGUACAAAGCUCGUAAAGCUCAAGAAGAAGGAAGUGGAAGCAGCCAUAGCUACAGGGCAGUUUCCUCCAAGCAUGCACUUCUUCCGGGCAAAAAGCCUCAUUGAUCAGAGCACGGUGUUCAGCAUCAUAAAGCGCAUGCCUAAAGGUGCCGUGCUCCACCUGCACGACUUGGCCAUGCUGAGCGUGGGCUGGCUGGUGUUCAAUGCCUCCUACCUGCCCGACUGCUACAUCUGCUUCACCCCCACGGGCUCCGUGCGCUUCCGCUUCUCCCGGCCGCGCCCGCCGCGCCCGCCACCGGCCCCGUGCUCCCCGUGGCUCCUGCUGGACACCUACCGGGGACAGCUGAGGGACGUGGCCGAGUUUGACAGAGGCUUGCUGAGAAACCUGACCCUGGUGACAGAUGCCCCUGAGCUGGCCUACCCUUCUCAGGCUUUCAUUUGGAAAAGAUUUGAAGAAAUCUUUCUCAUUGCCUCUGGACUUAUCUGCUAUGCACCUGUGUUCAAGGCCUAUUUCUACCAGGGGCUGCUGGAGCUCUAUGAAGAUAACAUACAGUAUGUUGAGAUAAGAGCUAUCCUGCCUGCGGUGUAUGAGCUGGAUGGCACCAAGCACAAUAAGUCAUGGUCUGUGGCAGCCUACCGGGAAGUGACCAGGCAGUUCGUGAAGGAGCACCCAGACUUUGUUGGAGCCAAGGUUAUAUUUGCAGCACACAGGAUGCUGAAUGUCUCCCAGAUUAAAGAAGCCAUCAUCACUGCCAUGGCACUCAGAGCCCGCUUCCCAGACACCCUGGCAGGCUUCGACCUGGUUGGAGAUGAGGACAAAGGUCAUUCUUUAUGGGACCUGAAGGAUGCCCUGACCAUCCCAUAUUCCAUGGGGGUCAACUUGCCGUUCUUUUUCCACGCUGGGGAGACUGACUGGCAGGGCACCUCUGUAGACAAUAACGUGCUGGAUGCAUUGCUACUGAAUACCAGCAGGAUUGGCCAUGGACUUGCUCUCAUUAAACACCCAGUAGCCAAAAAUUUGUCUCUGAAGAGGGAUGUUCCUGUAGAAGUCUGUCCCAUCUCCAACCAGGUCCUGAUGCUGGUGGCUGACUUGAGGAGUCACCCUGCAGCUGACCUCAUGGCUGAAGGGCACCCCAUAGUGAUCAGCCCCGAUGAUCCCCCCAUCUUUGGGGCAAAGGGAGUCUCUUAUGACUUCUAUGAGGUGUUCAUGGCCAUCGGAGGGAUGAAUGCUGACCUGAGGACCCUAAAACAGCUUGCACUCAACUCCAUAAAAUACAGUGCCAUGCUACCCGAUGAGAAAGCCAAGGCCAAAGAGUUCUGGCAGAAAAAAUGGGACCAAUUUGUGGCUGACCUCUCUGAUAGCUUUCUAAGGGAGCUGUAGAGAGGACAAGGCUCAUCUCAGAAGGCAUUUGGCAAGCUAGAGUGAGCCAGACUGAUUGCUAAGAGGGAGAAUGCUUCUUCCAUGUGACCUGAGCAGAUGAAUGGACGUCAAAGUCUCACCUGGCAGCGGGCGGCUCUGCUAAGCCAGGCUUAAUGGGCUUAAAGCUAAGAAGGAGCUGCACUAUCCUGUGAAACUCAUGGGCUGGAGGUAAAAGGCAGCAGUGAGCCUUUAGAGCAACCACAAGAAAUCAGCCUGCUCUCAAAAGAGUCAAAACAAUUAAAAGCUGCCAAUGACCAAAUCCCCACAUCCUUAUUCAGGAAAAACAUGCUUUCCAAUUAGAGUCAGCAGGAGAUUGCCAACACGAGGAUCUCUGAAUUUUGCCUUAUCAUUACAAAAUGCAGACCUUGUCCGGAAGCAGCUAAGACAAACAUCCAACCAUUUGGGCCACUGACCUUCAAGAGAGCAAGGACUGAAAAUGACUCUUGUUAUGUUUAACCCUGGGCCUGCUGCCAAAAUAGCACUGCUAGGUCGAAGAACCAGUCAUAGGUCUGAUGUCUGCUAUUUCAGGACCUACCAUGGCUGGAAACAAGCUGGUGGAACUUGCUCCCAGAACAUUUAAGCCUGGUUGCACAGUGAUCAUAAAGCCAGAAUAGAGGUGCCUCAGUUGCCAGCAGUUUUUUUUACUACAAAGUCUUUUCCUGUCCUCUGGUCAAAAGGAAGACAAAACACAUUUCAGGUUAAGUCCAAAACAUCCUGGCUUCCCAGACCCAGCUUGACUAAAACUAUCCCCCUGCACAAGGCUAUGUUAACACAGACAUUUAUAGGAAACACCUUUUGGUUUCAGGGAGUUCCACUACCAGCCUUUGUUGCUGUACACAUCGCGCAAAUGCGGCCUUAUUCAGCCUGUCAGAGGGAUUUUCACCUUGGCAGAGAACUGCUGUGGAUAUCCACAGAGCUCCUUUGGACCUCUGUGGUUUCCAGCUCUUUGGCAAAAAAAAAAAAAAA